AUGGCGGAAGGACAGGAACGCCCGCGCGCGCAAGCAAGCGACUCCGUGUCGGGCGCCGGCAGUCCGGAGCAGGCCCCGAAACAACAACACAAGCAUCGCGGAUGGCAUCGUGGGCCGAAACGACUCCCGGGCUGGCUGGAUCACUUUAACUCGCACGACCUCAAGAUCCUCCUCCGCUGCUGGACGGCAACAUGGGUCGCGACCCUGCUCGUCUUCAUCGGGCCGUCGCUUCGACACAUUGGCCUCGCCACCUUCUUCGGGUCGCUGCUGCUCUACAUCGUGCCGCCCGCCAGCAUCCUCUUCGGCUACCUGCUCGCCGCCUUCUCGCUGCUCUUCGGCAUGUGCUUGGCGUGGGCAUGGGGCUUGCUCACCAUGAAGGCCGCACUGUCUGCCCGGCCCGUCGCGGAUACACAGCGACAGCUCCAGGCCCUCCAGCAGCAGGCUGCUGCCCAAGCCCAGCAAACGGGCCAGAGCCCUGCCGUCGUGGCGCAAAUCCUCGUCUACGAAGGCUUCAUGCUUGAUGCACGCGUCACGGCCGUCUACUAUGUCAUGUCCUGCGUCUUCAUCUACGCGCUGGCGCGUGUGCGCUGCAGUAACGGGAAGAUGGUCGCGCUGCAGCUCUUUGGCACCAUCAUCACGGACCUCUUCUUGCUCAUAGGACCCCUGCUCCCUACGUACACUGCUAAUUUGGGGUCAAUCCUGGUGAAGCCCGGCGCCAUUGGCAUAGGAAUCGGCAUCGCCUGCUGCAUCCUCUUCUUCCCGCAGUCCACGUCCUAUGCCGUGCUCGACAAGAUGGAGGAGCUCGUCCGCAUGGGAGAGGUUGCUCUCGAGACGACUCGAAAACGACUGGCAGGCGGCGAGCUCCAGAUGGAGGAGCUCAAAGGCGCCAAGGCGAGGAUCAUUUCCACCUACAAGGCCAUGGAGCCGGCGCUGUUGUUCCUGCCUUUGGACUUUUCUCGCGGGCGGUGGAAUGCCGACGAUGUCAAGGCACUGCAGGCACCGGUCCGCGAAGCCAUGCUCGCUGGCCUCUCGCUCAUCGAUCUUCAUAUCGCUCGAGUUGCGUCGAGGCAAAAACAGUGGACGCUGGAGCGUGCAAGCGACAAACAGGCAGAGGUAACCGAAAAGGGAAUCCACGAGCCUGGACAGCACCAACUCCAGGAGAGCGUGGAUCUCAUGAAUGCCCUCAAUACCCCCGAGCAGGCUGUCAUGCUAAGCCAUGCGCUGGAAGGCCUUGUUGCUACCACGUCCGAAAUCCUCCAGCUCUGCUCCAAGUCAAUACGCCUUUCUGCAGAGUGCAUACACACCGUCAACUCCUGUCGGUGGAUUGGAAAGCCAUCGCAGGCACAGUUUGAUGAGCUGAACAGCGAGCUCCGCGCCACACUUACGGCUCUUCGCGCAGCAACGGCGACCUGCGUGACCCAAACGACCGAGGCAAUCAUUGAGAGCCACGCCGACCUCUUUGACGCCGACGGCCGCCUCAAAACUUCCACUCGCCCCAGCCCGAAUUCGAUGCGUGGUAUUGUCAUAUCAAUGGUUCUCGAAGAGCGCAUCCUGGGUACCGCCACGGCCCUCGGCGAGCUCCUCGACCACAUCAUUAACCUCAACGAGGCGCGCACGGUUCAUCGCAUCUGGAUCCCUUCCAGGCUUCGCUAUGCCCUGUCCUGGAUCUUCAAUGGACGGCUUACCGUCCCCGUUUUCGGCAAGACCGACGCAGCGAACGAUCCCGACGGCAUGACAGACGUGGUGCCGCUCGAAGAACAGGCGAUAGAGGCCCACAGGCGUUUGCGCAUCAGUAGGGUCUCGUACGGCUCAUCGGCUCGAAGGAGCUUCGCGAGUCGCGCCAUCGUGGCUACGUUCAGGUGGCUGUUCAACCCUGCUGGCAUGUAUGCCCUCCGCAUGGUGAUUGUAACCAUUGCCACCUCUAUUCCGGCGGCCAUACCACACUCUGCCGGCUUCUUCUAUCGCGAGAAAGGAAUCUGGGGCGUCAUUACCGCCCAGACUUGUCUUCUCGUCUACAUGGCCGACUUCACCUUUUCCCUGGUUUCUCGCGGCCUGGGUACCAUCAUUGGCGGCGUCAUGGGCAUGGUGGCCUGGUACAUUGGCUCUGGAAGCGGCUACGGAAACGCCUAUGGUCUGGCAGCUAGCACUGCCGUUAUGAUUGCGAUUCUGAUCUGGUGGCGCCUAUUUCUGCCCCCUGCCUUUGCGCAAGCAUCAAUCAUGUCGGGCGCCACCUUCGCACUCGUCGUCGGCUUCAGCUGGGACCAACAUCACAUCCAACAGUACGGCCUGCCGGGUCUCGGCUACGAGGCAUUCUGGAAGCGGCUGGUAACGGUGUUGCUAGGCUUUCUGGCCUCGUUCGUUGUACAGCUGUUCCCCAAGCCUCCCUCGGCCACGAACCACGUGCGCAAGACAUUGGCAAACACCGUGCGAAACCUCUCGGACCACUACGCUCUGCUACUGUCUCACUGGGGUCGGAGCGACAAGUCGAGUCCGCUGGGAGCGGUGGCAGACCAAAUCUCGCUGGACGUUGCCGACACGCUCAUGUCUCUUGAUGGCGCCAUCUCCCUCUUGAAGGUCGAAAUGAGCUUCAGUCCCUUCGAUCAAAAGUCACUUAGAGCAACCCAAGAAAAGUGCCACUACAUCAACCAGUCCCUUGGGCGGCUGCUCGACCUCUCGACGACGUUGCCAAGGGAGCUCCAGGAACGGCUUGCUCAUGUCGUGGGCAUCGACGACGACCGCGCCAUCGGAGACACCAUGGCUGUCCUAGGCAUCAUUGAGCAGGCGCUUCGUACCGGAUCGCCGUUGCCAGAGCGCCUCCCGGCUCCGCUGGUUCGCCGCUUCUUCGACUCAUGGCAGGCACAGCAUCGCCACGCCAUACUCACGAAGACGCUCGUGCGCGACGGAAACUACCGUCGGUACUGCGUCGCCAUGUCGUCGUACUUUAAAUUCCUCUCUACGGUGGAUGAUCUGGUCCUGAUUCUCAAGGGUGUUCUCGGUGAAUGUCACGUCAUUCACCAAUGGGAAGAUGUAUAG